AUGGGUCGGCGGAAGAAGUCAACUAAAAAAAUUCAGACGCGCAAGAAGCAAAUAGUUUCGACCGUGUUCAAGUGCCCCUUUUGCUCACAUGAAGAUGCCGUUGAAUGCAAAAUGGACCGUGAACGCAAUAUUGGUCAUUUGUCCUGUCGUGUGUGCACCGAGAGUUUUCAGACGCCUAUACACUAUUUGAGUGCGCCAAUUGACGUGUAUACGGACUGGAUUGAUGAGUGUGAGGCGCUAAAUACAUAG